AUGUAUCUUCUCUUGAUUCAUCGCUGUGAAGCUCCUGUACUGCAAUACCCGGAUUUUGAAAAAACAUUCACAUUAAUAACAGACGCAAGUAACGAAGGAUUAGGAGCAAUACUCUCCCAAGACGGACAUCCAUGCUAUUACAUAUCCCGAACCUUGAACCCUCCUGAGAAAAACUAUUCCACAACCGAAAAAGAGUUAUUGGCGAUAGUAUGGUCGAUCAAAAGACUGAGACAAUAUUUACUUGGUAGAAAAUUUAAGAUUCAAAGUGAUCGUCAAGCUUUGAAAUGGCUAAAAAAUGUUAAGGAUCCCUCAUCGAGACUCAUGCGAUGGCGUUUGAGACUCGAGGAGUAUGAUUAUGAAAUAGAAUACAAAAAGGGAAGGGAAAACACAGCUGCAGAUGCUCUGUCCCGACUGUAUCUUAUCACCAAUGACAAAGUUCAAUCCGAUUUAGAAAACCCGAACUAUUACGACGAAUGUGUCGACUGGAAAACAAACAUCACCCCAGCUCCAAUAACUCAAAAGACUAACAGACCACACUUUAAACAAAUUACAAAGACCGAAUUAGGAGACUUCAACCAACAGCACUGGUUGCAUCAAUUAACAAAACACUUUAUUAACCAGACUGGACACUUGCAUAUAGGGAUAAAUGACAAUAGCUUUAGCACACUAGAAAAAAUGAACAUUCAACUCAUGUCAAGCAUAAGACUUUCCGCGCAAAAAACGCGGAAACUCAACCCACAACCAAAACUAGUGGGAAGGUCCAAAAGACUACCAGACAACCCGGAAAACACAGAAGAAGAUCUCGUUCUAAUCCAAGAAGAAAACAAUACACAAGAUCCCACCGCCAAAGAAAGCAAAACCAUGAAAACUACAAGAAGCCCUCCCUCACCAGUGAUACCAACAAAAAACAGAUUUGAAGUGUUACAAACACAGGAAACCACCUUACCACAACAACAGAUUCACACUCAAGCAACGUCAACAAAAGAAUCAACAAUACAAAAUGCGAUCGUGGAAGCCAUAAGAAGGAAGAACAAUGAAAUGCGAAUCAAAGCAAACAGGAGGACUACGUCCACAGUGGGAACACCACACACCCAAGAAAAAUCAAACGACACACGAACAAACAGCCCCCUCGCCCCACCUAGGAGGCCGCCGACACCACAAAAUCAACACACUCAUCUGAUCAAACCAAAAGAGCAACCCCCACCGACAAAGACACCGAUGGAACAAGCACAACAGGAACAGCCCACCAACCACCCCACAGAGGAACAACAGGACGCCCCCUCACCCACAAAAGCUCCGAGCUACCCUCCUACCCAAAAGGAGGCUCAUACCUCGACAUAUGCCUAA